AUGCAGUCAAUUUCCCGACCCAUUCUCCGCAUAACCACCAAUCCAGCUCUUCUCCGAACUCUCUCUACUUCCCCAAGGGCUAUGGGCGCUGGUGAUCUGGGAUCCCCGAAGUCGCAUGGCUUCACCUCCACCGAGAAGGACUCUUUUACCCGACGCGAGGCUGCGCAUGAGGGCAUGUACAUUCGACAGCAAGAGUUGGACAAGGUCCGGCGUCUGAAACUGAAGUUGAAGGAGCAGCGGAAGCAUAUGGAUGAACUGGACAAGCAUCUUGACGAAUUUUCGAAAGCCCAGGGCGGCGAGCAGAAUUAG